AUCGCGAGAACACGUUGAGUCCGCGGAACACAGCCUGGAUCCGGGGCCUGGCCGACAGACUCAAGACGAACACUUUCUUCCACGUUGUGCGAGGUAUACGUGGGAAGCAUCAUGUCAGAUGACCUGGACAUCGAGGAGAUGUUGGAGGCUCCGUUUAGAAAGGAGGACAAGACUGCCAGCCCAGAAGUUCCAGAAGAGCGUCUCAAGAGAAAAAAAAGACGAAGCCACAGCCGUGACAGGAAGCGCAGCCGGAGCCGCGAUCGGAAGAAAAGUCGAAGUCGAGAGCGCAAACGCAGCCGAGACCGGCGUCGUAGCCACAGCCGGGAACGCAGACGCAGUCGAAGCAGAGACAGAGGGGGGCGCUAUAUGGACCAUCACAAAAUCGUCAGACGUUCCAGGAGUAAAAGUCCUGUCAGACGAGAGAAGAGUCCGGUCAGACUUCCGAUCGGGAACUUGACUCCUGAAGAGAGGGAUGCUCGGACCGUCUUCUGCAUGCAGCUCGCUGCCCGGAUCCGACCCAGAGACCUGGAGGAGUUCUUCUCUGCUGUGGGAAAGGUUCGCGACGUCCGGAUGAUCUCAGACAGGAACUCUCGAAGGUCAAAGGGCAUUGCUUACAUCGAGUUUGUGGAAGCUAGUUCAGUCCCUCUGGCCAUCGGACUGACUGGUCAAAGAUUGCUGGGAGUGCCGAUCAUUGUCCAGGCGUCCCAGGCGGAAAAGAACCGGGCAGCAGCAGCAGCAGCACUGAGCCUUCAGAAAGGAGCUACAGGUCCGAUGAGAUUGUAUAUUGGGUCAUUGCACUUCAACAUCACAGAGGAGAUGCUGCGAGGAAUCUUUGAGCCAUUUGGUCGUAUCGAGAACAUCCAGCUGAUGAUGGACAGUGAGACGGGUCGCUCGAAAGGUUAUGGCUUCAUCACAUUUUCAGACGCAGAGUGCGCCAAAAAUGCCCUGGAGCAGCUGAAUGGCUUUGAGCUUGCUGGCCGACCGAUGAAGGUGGGUCAUGUGACGGAGCGCACCGACCCGGCAUCAGCAGCCUCCUUGCUGGACAGCGACGAGCUGGACCGCAGCGGGAUUGACCUGGGAACGACUGGACGACUGCAGCUGAUGGCCCGACUGGCUGAGGGUACCGGGCUGCAGAUGCCCCCUGCCGCUCAGCAGGCGCUGCAGAUGAGUGGUGCCAUCGCCAUCGGAGCGAUGGCCGCUGUUUCGGCUGCCAUGAAUCCUGCUCUCAGUAUGAACUCUGGACCUAUGAAUCUUCCGUCUCAACCUCUGGCCACACACUGUUUUCAGCUGACCAACAUGUUCCACCCGCAGAGGGAGGAGGUUCCAGGAUGGGAGGUGGAUAUUCAACAUGACGUCAUUGAGGAAUGUAACAAACAUGGCGGCGUGGUGCAUGUUUAUGUCGAUAAGAACUCACCUGAGGGUAACGUGUACGUCAAAUGUCCGACAAUCCCAGUUGCCAUGGCGGCGGUGAAUGCCCUUCACGGGCGAUACUUUGCAGGUAAGAUGAUUACUGCGGCAUACGUCCCUCUCCCCACGUACCACAAGCUGUUUCCCGGUGCUGCCACUGCCACUCAGCUGUUGGCCCCGCCCACUCGCCGGUGACUCACCAAGUCGUCUAUGAACACAUCACUUCUCCAGGAUCACUUCCUGUCUCCUGUUGCUCGUUCUAGAGGAAGUGGUAGUGACCUGUUGUCUGCUUGUCUCACCUUGUUAGGAGGCAGGUGAUGAAGAAACAUUUGUUUUCUAUUCAACACUUGAACUUGAUCUGAUUAAACUUUAUUUUGA